UGUUUUACACUGCAUAUUUUUGUCGGCACGUGUUUUUUCAAUAUUAAGGAGGACCAUGUUUCUAUUACCUGCAUCGGAUGAUGCUGUAACAUCAGUUUUAGCACCUUUUUCAGCACCAGUAAAAGUCUCGUUCGAGCCAGCUGGACGGUGGUUUGAGGCGUUAUGUUUACGUAGACGUCACAAGCAUUCGCUGUCGUACCACUCACUGCAGAGCUCCAGCAGCGAAGAGAGUGACCAUGAGGAGAUAGAAGAGGAGGAUAACUCAGCUUUAUUACAGGGACUCGACCCCAAGGAGUGGAAGCAACAAGACCAUUAUGCUGUCCUAGGGUUAAGCAAAAUUAGACAUAAGGCCACAGAAAACCAGAUCAAAAAAGCUUAUAAGAGUAUGGUAUUAAAACACCAUCCAGACAAAAGGAAAGCCAGGGGGUUAAAGGUCGGAGACGGAGAGGAUGAUUAUUUCACAUGUAUUACACGAGCUUAUGAAAUUUUGGGAAACAAAACAAAGCGUCGAUCUUAUGACAGUGUUGAUCCCCAGUUUGAUGACGACGUGCCGCCCGCUGAUGACGAAUCAAAGAAAAAUUUCUUUAAAGUUUUUGGUCCAGUUUUUGAAAGAAAUUCAAGAUGGAGCAACAGAAGGAUAGUUCCAGGUCUAGGAACAGACUCCACUUCUAUUGAAGAUGUCAAUAAAUUCUACUCAUUUUGGUAUGACUUCGAUUCCUGGAGAGAGUAUUCUUAUUUAGAUGAAGAGGAGAAGGAAAAGGGAGAGAAUCGUGAAGAGAGAAGGUGGAUAGAAAAACAAAACAAAGCAGCAAGACAGAGGCUAAAAAAGGAGGAAAUGGCUCGGAUCAGACAGUUAGUAGAUAAUGCAUAUGCCUGUGAUCCCCGUGUGAUACGAUAUCGGGAAGAGGAGAAGGAGAAAAAGGAAGCUCAGAAACGUGCCAAAAAGGAAGCGGCCAGACAGAAGGCCCUGGAGGAGGAGAGGAUAAAACAAGAAGCUUUAGAAGAGGAAAGAAAGAAAAAAGAAAAAGAGGAAGAAGAAGCAAAAGCUCAGGCUGCAAUUGCCAAAAAAGAAAAAGAAGCACAGAAAAAGUUAAUUAAAAAGGAGCGCAAAACACUGAGAACAGCAGCAAAGGAUAUGAAUUAUUUCACUGACAAAGAAGAUGAGAGGGUGACCAACAUGGCAGAUGUAGAAAGGCUGGCCGACCAACUGUCUCUCUUAAAGUUGCAGUCGUUAAAUGAAGCCAUGGCUGCAGAUGGGGGACAAAAAGCAAAGGAGGCAUUUACCACAGCAGUUGAAGAGUUAAAUAAACAGAUAGAGGAAGAAAAACAGAAGCACCUGGAGGCCGCACAGAAACAGUCAGGGGGAGAUAACUCACAGGGGUCUAAAAAGACGUGGCUGGAAUCAGAGAUCCAGUGCAUGAUUAAAGGAGUCAAUCUGUUUCCCGCGGGGACAAAGGAGAGAUGGGAAGUGAUUUCCAAGUUCAUUAAACAGCAUGUCCCAGACAGUAACAAAAAUGCAAAAGACGUUCUUCACAAAGCCAAGGAACUGCAGAAAAAUGAUACUUUCCUUAAACAAAAUGCUGAUAAGAAAGCCUUUGAGAAUUUUGAGAAAAAUGUGAAGACUGCAAAUGUACAAGCCAAACCCAAGGAGGGUGUGGUUAGUGAAAGAUUUGAGAGUAUAGGUGAGCAGCAGGUGAGAGAGGCCGGAACGAACCCCGCCCCCUGGUCCCCCGAGGAACAGAAGCACCUGGAGCAGGCCCUGAAGACGUACCCCGCCAGUACCCCCGACAGGUGGGACAGGAUCAGCGAGUGUAUCUCCAGCCGCAGCAAAAAGGACUGUAUGAAACGCUACAAGGAACUGGUGGAAAUGGUGAAAGCCAAGAAGGCAGCUCAAGAUGCAACUGCAAAGAAAAAAUAAACAGUUUUCUGAAGAUAUAAUUUGAUUGGAUAAUCGUAAUCAGGAUUACCUGAUUCAGUAUUAAUAUCAGUGAACAACUACAGAUUGAUAAAAAUGGGGGUUGUUGUACAUGUGUCAGUGUGAAGAAUCUCAUUCUCAUGCAUGCCUCUACAUCCAUUGAUCCUAGAAGCGCACAGAGCUGAGGGGGUCCCAGUGAUGAACAUUUGUUGCUGCUAUGACUUUUGAAACCCUGACACGGGGCAAAGUUACGUUUUAGAUUUUUCAUUUGUGGAUAUGAAAACUUGAAAACAUUGUACUUGUUGAUACCUAAUGUUAUCCUAUUGGCAAUCUGUGAUACAAAUUGUUUACAACAUCAUUUACAGUUGCGUAUUAAACAUUUUCCAAGUUAUGAUGUAUUCAUUUUGUAAAAAUACACAGUUGACUAAUGAUUAUCUUGGUGAAGCUGAUACAUUGAUGACCAGUUAUCAGAGUCAAUAGUCCUGAUGGAUUGAGAUUGAGCCUUAUCUGUAAUAAGAUGAACCCUUGGGUAAAAUAAAACAGGGAUGUCAACCAGUAACUGAAUGGUCAAUCAGUUACUUUAAUGAAGUGAUGUUAAUUGGUCACAAAGUCUGUAGAUGAUAA